CUCCGUUGACAAUGAAUGACACUGCAUUCGGUGGACGUGAGGCGUAACAGGCAGUUAACGCCCUGGACCGGAGCUAGAAGGAUCUCUAUAACGGUUUGACGGUUUGUUGUGAUGUGGGCGUCAACAUAGAACGGCACGCGUUUAUUAUAUGACACAGAUAUCCAUUUCCGUUCCGUGUCGCGACCAAAUCAUCUCGGACGCAGUAGUCGGUUUAUUCUCAUGAUUUUCUUCCAGUGGUGAGUCUAGAAGAUAAAGAAGAAGCUCUCCUGAACUGAAUGGAUGAAACGUCAGCGUUGCUUGGCUACAAGGCAGGGACAGAGGAUGUCUAUUUUAGAAAAGCUUCGGUUACCCAUGAUUAGGUAAAGACAAUGUUACAGCAAUAACUGAAGGGUGCUUGUCCAGCCCUAGGUUUAACACGGGAGUGUAGGCUAUUGACGUAAUCAUUUCUGUUAUUUUGUAAAUAAACAUUGACACGCAGUGGAAGUAGCCUUUAGUGUCACAGUGUUGUGUUUAGGAAACAGCUACAGUAGAUAUAGCCUGUAGCCAACACCCACCCCAUCCCAUCCCAUUCCCGCCUAGUUUUUAAACCCGAACAUAACCCCAACAGAAGCGAACUAAACUGAACUGACCCGAAAGGAAGCGAACCGAACGGAAUCAUGCCGUGUACGUGUGGGAACUGGAGACGGUGGAUUAGGCCUGUCGUGGUGUGUCUUUACGUAGUCCUGCUGCUCGUUGUUCUACCGCUGUGUGUCUGGGAACUACAGAAGUCCGAGGUGAGAUAGAACAACGCCAAGAUCUGACUUUCAUAUUAGGAGUAACUGUUGCUGUCACAUCUGUUAGCCUAUAAUAGCGCACCCGUCAAAAUACUUCGUUGUGUUAUUCUCUCCUCAGCAACUCCUGUAUGAUUGUUAUUGUAUAGAUGCUGUUGUUGCGCUAAUGUGUUCAUUUAUAAACGGUAUCUCCUAGUAAAGCAUGGUUAUGUAGUUAAACUUGGUCUGUGUUUCAGGUGGGGACCCACAGUAAAGCCUGGUUAUGUAGUUGAACUGUGGUCUUGUUUCAGGUGGGGACCCACAGUAAAGCAUGGUUAUGUAGUUGAACUGGUCUGGGUGUUUCAGGUGGGGACCCACAGUUAAAGCAUGGUAUGUAGUUAAACUUGGUCUGUGGUUUCAGGUGGGGACCCACAGUAAAGCAUGGUUAUGUAGUUGAACUUGGUCUGUGUUUCAGGUGGGGACCCACAGUAAAGCCUGGUUAUGUAGUUGAACUUGGUCUGUGUUUCAGGUGGGGACCCACAGUAAAGCAUGGUUAUGUAGUUGAACUUGGUCUGUGUUUCAGGUGGGGACCCACAGUAAAGCAUGGUUAUGUAGUUAAACUUGGUCUGUGUUUCAGGUGGGGACCCACAGUAAAGCAUGGUUAUGUAGUUGAACUUGGUCUGUGUUUCAGGUGGGGGCCCACAGUAAAGCAUGGUUAUGUAGUUAAACUUGGUCUGUGUUUCAGGUGGGGGCCCACAGUAAAGCAUGGUUAUGUAGUUAAACUUGGUCUGUGUUUCAGGUGGGGGCCCACAGUAAAGCAUGGUUAUGUAGUUGAACUUGGUCUGUGUUUCAGGUGGGGGCCCACAGUAAAGCAUGGUUAUGUAGUUGAACUUGGUCUGUGUUUCAGGUGGGGACCCACAGUAAAGCAUGGUUAUGUAGUUAAACUUGGUCUGUGUUUCAGGUGGGGGCCCACAGUAAAGCAUGGUUAUGUAGUUGAACUUGGUCUGUGUUUCAGGUGGGGACCCACAGUAAAGCCUGGUUAUGUAGUUGAACUUGGUCUGUGUUUCAGGUGGGGACCCACAGUAAAGCAUGGUUAUGUAGUUGAACUUGGUCUGUGUUUCAGGUGGGGGCCCACAGUAAAGCAUGGUUAUGUAGUUGAACUUGGUCUGUGUUUCAGGUGGGGACCCACAGUAAAGCCUGGUUAUGUAGUUGAACUUGGUCUGUGUUUCAGGUGGGGGGCCCACAGUAAAGCAUGGUUAUGUAGUUGAACUUGGUCUGUGUUUCAGGUGGGGACCCACAGUAAAGCCUGGUUAUGUAGUUGAACUUGGUCUGUGUUUCAGGUGGGGACCCACAGUAAAGCAUGGUUAUGUAGUUGAACUUGGUCUGUGUUUCAGGUGGGGACCCACAGUAAAGCAUGGUUAUGUAGUUAAACUUGGUCUGUGUUUCAGGUGGGGACCCACAGUAAAGCAUGGUUAUGUAGUUGAACUUGGUCUGUGUUUCAGGUGGGGGCCCACAGUAAAGCAUGGUUAUGUAGUUAAACUUGGUCUGUGUUUCAGGUGGGGGCCCACAGUAAAGCAUGGUUAUGUAGUUAAACUUGGUCUGUGUUUCAGGUGGGGGCCCACAGUAAAGCAUGGUUAUGUAGUUGAACUUGGUCUGUGUUUCAGGUGGGGGCCCACAGUAAAGCAUGGUUAUGUAGUUGAACUUGGUCUGUGUUUCAGGUGGGGACCCACAGUAAAGCAUGGUUAUGUAGUUAAACUUGGUCUGUGUUUCAGGUGGGGGCCCACAGUAAAGCAUGGUUAUGUAGUUGAACUUGGUCUGUGUUUCAGGUGGGGACCCACAGUAAAGCCUGGUUAUGUAGUUGAACUUGGUCUGUGUUUCAGGUGGGGACCCACAGUAAAGCAUGGUUAUGUAGUUGAACUUGGUCUGUGUUUCAGGUGGGGGCCCACAGUAAAGCAUGGUUAUGUAGUUGAACUUGGUCUGUGUUUCAGGUGGGGACCCACAGUAAAGCCUGGUUAUGUAGUUGAACUUGGUCUGUGUUUCAGGUGGGGGCCCACAGUAAAGCAUGGUUAUGUAGUUGAACUUGGUCUGUGUUUCAGGUGGGGACCCACAGUAAAGCCUGGUUAUGUAGUUGAACUUGGUCUGUGUUUCAGGUGGGGGCCCACAGUAAAGCAUGGUUAUGUAGUUGAACUUGGUCUGUGUUUCAGGUGGGGGCCCACAGUAAAGCAUGGUUAUGUAGUUGAACUUGGUCUGUGUUUCAGGUGGGGGCCCACAGUAAAGCAUGGUUAUGUAGUUGAACUUGGUCUGUGUUUCAGGUGGGGACCCACAGUAAAGCCUGGUUAUGUAGUUGAACUUGGUCUGUGUUUCAGGUGGGGGCCCACAGUAAAGCAUGGUUAUGUAGUUGAACUUGGUCUGUGUUUCAGGUGGGGGCCCACAGUAAAGCAUGGUUAUGUAGUUGAACUUGGUCUGUGUUUCAGGUGGGGACCCACAGUAAAGCAUGGUUAUGUAGUUGAACUUGGUCUGUGUUUCAGGUGGGGGCCCACAGUAAAGCAUGGUUAUGUAGUUAAACUUGGUCUGUGUUUCAGGUGGGGGCCCACAGUAAAGCAUGGUUAUGUAGUUAAACUUGGUCUGUGUUUCAGGUGGGGGCCCACAGUAAAGCAUGGUUAUGUAGUUAAACUUGGUCUGUGUUUCAGGUGGGGGCCCACAGUAAAGCAUGGUUAUGUAGUUGAACUUGGUCUGUGUUUCAGGUGGGGACCCACGGUAAAGCAUGGUUAUGUAGUUGAACUUGGUCUGUGUUUCAGGUGGGUGCCCACAGUAAAGCCUGGUUAUGUAGUUGAACUUGGUCUGUGUUUCAGGUGGGGACCCACAGUAAAGCCUGGUUCAUAGCUGGAGUGUUUGUGUUCAUGACCAUCCCUAUCUCUCUGUGGGGCAUCCUGCAGCACCUGGUACACUACACACAGCCGGAGCUACAGAAACCUAUUAUCAGGUAGGAACACACCUGGUACACACCUGGUACACUACACACAGCCGGAGCUACAGAAACCUAUUAUCAGGUAGGAACACACCUGGUACACACCUGGUACACUACACACAGCCUGAACUACAGAAACCUAUUAUCAGGUAGGAACACACCUGGUACACACCUGGUACACUAUACACAGCCGGAGCUACAGAAACCUAUUAUCAGGUAGGAACACACCUGGUACACACCUGGUACACUAUACACAGCCGGAGCUACAGAAACCUAUUAUCAGGUAGGAACACACCUGGUACACACCUGGUACACUACACACAGCCUGAACUACAGAAACCUAUUAUCAGGUAGGAACACACCUGGUACACACCUGGUACACUAUACACAGCCGGAGCUACAGAAACCUAUUAUCAGGUAGGAACACACCUGGUACACACCUGGUACACUACACACAGCCGGAGCUACAGAAACCUAUUAUCAGGUAGGAACACACCUGGUACACACCUGGUACACUACACCCAGCCUGAACUACAGAAACAUAUUAUCAGGUAGGAACUAUUUCUAAAUGUAGGAGACCAGGUACCACUGAUCUUCUCUGUUGUGUUUUUACAGGAUCCUAUGGAUGGUACCCAUCUACAGUCUGGACAGUGUAAGGGGAAACUAUUAUUACCAUUUUAUUAUAAUAAUACUGCUAUAACAUAUCUAUCUGGUUUAAGACCUCGCACUGCAGAGUAAAACUAUGGAACACGAGACUAGAACACAGAGUCAGACAUUCCAUUGGUUCAUAAGGUUCUGGAAUGGCUGAACAUUCUAAGUUCUAUUCAGACCUCCAUGUCUCUAUGGUAACAGGACUAAUUGAGGACGGUGUGGUGUUGUCACAAGACUGGGCUGCUCAAAUAGCAGAGUCAGCACACGCACACACACACACACACACAGACUAUUUCUUUACAAUGGUCACUCCAUCAAUCAAUAUGUGCUGGUUGAAAAUAAUGGACACAUUUCAUUUGGUCGUUCCCCAUCUAUCAAUUAAACUGUCUUCCUCUCCCCCUCCUCUCCCCCUCCUUCCCUUGGACAUCAUCUUCUUCUUCUUCUCUAGUGGAUCGCGCUGCGCUACCCCAGGAUAGCCAUCUACGUAGACACGUGUAGAGAGUGUUACGAGGCAUACGUCAUUUACAACUUCCUCAUCUUCCUGUUAAACUACCUCUCUAACCAGUACCCCAGUUUGGUGUUGAUGCUAGAGGUUCAGGAACAACAGAGACAUCUACCACCUCUAUGCUGCUGUCCACCCUGGGCUAUGGGGAGAGGAGUUUAGGUAUGGAGGGAGAGGGAGAGGGAUGUGAGAGGGAGGGAGGGAUGGAGGAGUACGCGCUGUGUUGGUAGUGGAAGUUUACCCCACCGGCCCGCCUCUGGGAGGUGGACCAGGGAAGGUCGCAGCAGGGGGGGGCGCGGUGAGAGGGAGGCCGCAGGCGAACGCGGAGGGAGUGAGUUAAGGAGAGGAGGGAGAAGGCCGACGAGAGGGAGAGGGCGCAUCGAAGGGAAGGACGGGAAGGGAGACUGAGAGAGAUGGCGCAGCGAGGACGGCGAGGGGAGGUAGGGACACGACGGAGGCACGGCUGAGGGAGACGAGAGGAGGGGGGGGGGGGCGUUGGAGUGAUAGUGAUAGUGGGCUAGUGGGAUGGUGGGAGGAAGAGGGUGAUGGAGAUUGUGAUGGAUGAACAUGAAUACAAUGUCUUGAUUGACUGAUUGAUGGUUGGUUGUGAUUGAUUAAUUGGCUGAUGGGUGUGACUGAUUGAUGGUUGGUUGUGAUUGAUUGAUUGGCUGAUGGGUGUGACUGAUUGAUGGUUGGUUGUGAUUGAUUGAUUGGCUGAUGGGUGUGACUGAUUGAUGGUUGUGAUUGUUUGUCUCUCCUCUGUCAGGGUGUUGUUGUUCCGCUGUAAGCUGGGGGUUCUACAGUACACCGUCGUCAGGCCCGUAACUACGGUGAUAGCACUGUAAGUACGGCACUAACCAGGAAGUAACCAGGAAUUAAAAAAAAUAUAUAGAUAAAAUAUAUUUUGAUUUGUUUGACACUUUUUUUGGUUACUACAUGAUUCCAUCUGUGUUAUUUCAUAGUUUUGAUGUCUUCACUAUUAUUCUACAAUGUAGAAAAUAGUAAAAAUAAAGAAAAACCCUUGAAUGAGUAGGUGUCCAAACUUUUGACUGGUACCAUAUACAGUGGGGAAAAAAAGUAUUUAGUCAGUCACCAAUUGUGCAAGUUAUCCCACUUAAAAAGAUGAGAGAGGCCUGCAAUUUUCAUCAUAGGGACACGUCAACUAUGACAGACAAAAUGAGAAAAAAAUGUCCAGAAAAUCACAUUGUAGGAUUUUUUAUGAAUGUAUUUGCAAAUUAUGGUGGAAAAUAAGUAUUUGGUCAAUAACAAAAGUUUCUCAAUACUUUGUUAUAUACCCUUUGUUGGCAAUGACACAGGUCAAACGUUUUCUGUAAGUCUUCACAAGGUUUUCACACACUGUUGCUGGUAUUUUGGCCCAUUCCUCCAUGCAGAUCUCCUCUAGAGCAGUGAUGUUUUGGGGCUGUCGCUGGGCAACACGGACUUUCAACUCCCUCCAAAGAUUUUCUAUGGGGUUGAGAUCUGGAGACUGGCGAGGCCACUCCAGGACCUUGAAAUGCUUCUUACGAAGCCACUCCUUCGUUGCCCGGGCGGUGUGUUUGGGAUCAUUGUCAUGCUGAAAGACCCAGCCACGUUUCAUCUUCAAUGCCCUUGCUGAUGGAAGGAGGUUUUCACUCAAAAUCUCACGAUACAUGGCCCCAUUCAUUCUUUCCUUUACACGGAUCAGUCGUCCUGGUCCCUUUGUAGAAAAACAGCCCCCAAAGCAUGAUGUUUCCACCCCCAUGCUUCACAGUAGGUAUGGUGUUCUUUGGAUGCAACUCAGCAUUCUUUGUCCUCCAAACACGACAAGUUGAGUUUCUACCAAAAAGUUAUAUUUUGGUUUCAUCUGACCAUAUGACAUUCUCCCAAUCCUCUUCUGGAUCAUCCAAAUGCACUCUAGCAAACUUCAGACGGGCCUGGACAUGUACUGGCUUAAGCAGGGGGACACGUCUGGCACUGCAGUAUUUGAGUCCCUGGCGGCGUAGUGUGUUACUGAUGGUAGGCUUUGUUACUUUGGUCCCAGCUCUCUGCAGGUCAUUCACUAGGUCCCCCCGUGUGGUUCUGGAAUUUUUGCUCACCGUUCUUGUGAUCAUUUUGACCCCACGGGGUGAGAUCUUGCGUGGAGCCCCAGAUCGAGGGAGAUUAUCAGUGGUCUUGUAUGUCUUCCAUUUAAUAAUAAUUGCUCCCACAGUUGAUUUCUUCAAACCAAGCUGCUUACCUAUUGCAGAUUCAGUCUUCCCAGCUUGGUGCAGGUCUACAAUUUUGUUCCUGGUGUCCUUUGACAGCUCUUUGGUCUUGGCCAUAGUGGAGUUUGGAGUGUGACUGUUUGAGGUUGUGGACAGGUGUCUUUUAUACUGAUAACAAGUUCAAACAGGUGUCAUUAAUACAGGUAACGAGUGGAGGACAGAGGAGCCUCUUAAAGAAGAAGUUACAGGUCUGUGAGAGCCAGAAAUCUUGCUUGUUUGUAGGUGACCAAAUACUUAUUUUCCACCAUAAUUUGCAAAUAAAUUCAUUAAAAAUCCUACAAUGUGAUUUUCUGGAUUUUUUUUCUCAAUUUUUCUGUCAUAGUUGAUGUGUACCUAUGAUGAAAAUUACAGGCCUCUCUCAUCUUUUUAAGUGGGAGAACUUGCACAAUUGGUGGCUGACUAAAUACUUUUUUUCCCCACUGUAUAUAUAUACAGUUGAAGUCGGAAGUUUACAUACACUUAGGUUGGAGUCAUUAAAACUAGUUUUUCAACCACUCCACACAUUUCUUGUUAACAAACUAUAGUUUUGGCAAGUCGGUUAGGACAUCUACUUUGUGCAUGACACAAGUACAUUUUCCAACAAUUGUUUACAGACAGAUUAUUUCAUUUAUAAUUCACUGUAUCACAAUUCCAGUGGGUCAGAAGUUUACAUACACUAAGUUGACUGUGCCUUUAAACAGCUUGGAAAAUUCCAGAAAAUGAUGUCAUGGCUUUAGAAGCUUCUGAUAGGCUAAUUGACAUAAUUUGAGUCAAUUGGAGGUGUACCUGUGGAUGUAUUUCAAGGCCUACCUUCAAACUCAGUGCCUCUUUGCUUGACAUCAUGGGAACAUCAAAAGAAAUCAGCCAAGACCUCAGAAAAAAAAUUGUAGACCUCCACAAGUCUGGUUCAUCCUUGGGAGCAAUUUCCAAAUGCCUGAAGGUACCACGUUCAUCUGUACAAACAAUAGUACGCAAGUAUAAACACCAUGGGAUCACGCCGCCGUCAUACCGCUCAGGAAGGAGACGCGUUCUGUCUCCUAGAGAUGAACGUACUUUGGUGCGAAAAGUGCAAAUCAAUCUCAGAACAACAGCAAAGGACCUUGUGAAGAUGCUGGAGGAAACGGGUACAGAAGUAUCUAUAUCCACAGUAAAACAAGUCCUAUAUCGACAUAACCUGAAAGGCCGCUCAGCAAGGAAGAAGCCACUGCUCCAAAACCGCCAUAAAAAAGCCAGAUUACGGUUUGCAACUGCACAUGGGGAAAAAUAUCUUACUUUUUGGAGAAAUGUCCUCUGGUCUGAUGAAACAAAAAUAUAACUGUUUGGGCUGAUAAUUGGACCAUCGUUUAUUGUUUGAGGAGGAAAAAAAGGGGGGGCAGCGAGGCGGGAAAGUAGGAAAGACUCACAAAAAAUGAAAACAUCUAGGUGAUAGACAAGGUACAGGUUUGGGACCGUGGCGGGGAUGGGGCUGGAACGUAAGAACGGGAUGGGGCGGUGGUCGGGGGAAGGGCGAAGGACAAGAAUUCAUCUUGUCGUCUCCGGGACAGGUUGCACCGGCCUCCUCCUUCGCUUUGGAACUAAUGUACCCCUGCUCCUCGCCCCUGUGCCUCCGAUACGAUCCUCCUCCAGGGGAAUCUCUCUCCUCCCCCGUGUACCGCACCUGUACCUGUGCCUACCGCACGGAGUCCCCUCUUCACAGAAGCCCGCAAUCUGCCCGAUCAGUGUCCUGUUGUCCUUUCACCGCCCCGCGCGGGCCUGGCCUCCCCAUACGUGGCAGGUGUCCCUCUCCUAGGGACUUUCGAACCCAUCUCCGCUUCUUUUCUGUGCUCCAUCGUGCUAACCUGCCCCCUCCAAAUUCUCUUCAUCUCAGGGGGGCUUCCGUACGCAGGCGCUCACCCCCACCACUCCGGCUCACCCGCUUUGGCCCCUUCCUCCUACCCCGACCGGUAACCCAAACUAGAACCCGAAGGCAUGCCGACGGCACCUCCUCCUUCAUGCUGUGAGCUCGGGUUCCUCGUGGAGGUUCCACUCCUAUUGCUCUGGUGCCGGGAGGGUACACGUACAAAAUAGAUUGGCAUCAUGAGGAAGGAAAAUUAUGUGGAUAAUUGAAGCAACCAUCUCAAGACAUGUCAGGAAUUUUAAAGCUUGGUCGCCAAUGGAUCCAAAAGUGGUGCCUAACUGACCUAAACAGGGAAUCUUAUUAGGAUUUUUUAAAAUGUCAGGAAUGGUGGGACUAAACGGAGGUGUAAAUGGAUUGGCUAAGGUGUGUAUGUAAAUUCACCCGACUUCAACUGCCAUAUAUAUAGAUAUAUAUCCUAAAUUACAACAUAAGAGAAUACAGAUAGGAACGGUUUAUAGGUUAUUAUUGUUUUUCUGAUUCCACUCGAGCUAACCGAAAGGGGGGGCGACAAAAACAGAGAGAGAGAAAGAAGAGAGAUGGAGAAAAAAGAGAGAGAGGGAAAGAAAGAGAGAGGGAGAGAUAGACAUAUACGUAUCAGCCCAAGACAACAAGACUACAAGGCAAGAGACCUAACGCAUUCAAAGACAGAAAUAAGAUACCGAGAGAGAAAUUAUACACGGAAAAGAGCGCGAUCGGAGACAACGAGCGCGAGAGAACGCCCGAGACGAGGGAGAAAAAAGAGAGCGCGAAGAAGCGAGAGAGAGAAGAGACAAAGACAAAAGAAAGGCGAGGAGGGGGAGAAAAAAAGAGACAGAGUAAGAAACGAACGGAGUGAGGAGAUAGAUCGAAGGCCUGAGCAAAAAACAGAGGAAAAAGGGCGUCGGGAGGGCGAAGACCGCAGAAGGAGGACCGCACGGGCGCGAGCGGGAGCGCGAGCGCGAGAACGACGAGAGCGGCGACGGCGCGCGCGCGCGGGCGAGACGAGCGCGAGAGCGACCGCCGAGCUGCGCGCGAGCAGAAGCGGCGCGCGAACGCCCGCGCGCGGGAGCACGAAACGCGAGAGAGAGCACACACGAAAGAGAGACGAGAGGAGCGCGCGCGCGACAGAGCACUCGAUGGAGAAACCGCGGAGCGCGGGACCGCCCGAGCGACGAGGCGACACCCCGCGCGCGGCGACAGAACAACGAGGGAGCCCCCAAACCACAACCCCGCUCGCGCGGACCCGCCGAGCGCGGCGACAAACACGAGAGAGAGAGAACGCUGGAAGAGCGAGGCAGAAACACCGCCACCGAUCCUCUCUACUCAUAUCUCUUUCUCAGACCCCCUCGCUCUACUUACCGCCCUAUUCCCUCUCUCUUAGUGUCUGUCGUUGUGUGGUGUGGAUGAUGAGGGAAACUCAGCCCAAUAGGAACGCCGGGACAUACCUGGUCAUAGUCAACAAUCAUCCUCAACUGGUCGAGAAAACCACACCUGGCAUAGUCAAAAUAUCUCUCAACUGGUGAGAACACAAACCACUCUGGUCAAGUCAACACUAUCUCUCAACCUGGUGAGACACACACACACCUGUCAUAGUCAACAAAUAUCUCUGCAACUGGUGAGAAACACACAACCUGGUUCUAGUAAACAAAUCCUCAAUGGUGGAACACCACCACCCUGGUCAAGUAAAAAAAAAAUCUCUAAACUGGUGAGAACACAACCCUGGGUCAUAGUCAAAACAAUUAUCUCUCAACUGGUUGAGAACAACACCACCUGGUCAUAGUCAACAAUAUCUCUCAACUGGUGAGAACACACACACCUGGUCAUAGUCAACAAUAUCUCUCAACUGGUGAGAACACACACACCUGGUCAUAGUCAACAAUAUCUCUCAACUGGUGAGAACACACACACCUGGUCAUAGUCAACAAUAUCUCUCAACUGGUGAGAACACACACACCUGGUCAUAGUCAACAAUAUCUCUCAACUGGUGAGAACACACACACCUGGUCAUAGUCACAAUAUCAUUCAAAAUGGGUGAGAACACACACACCUUGUUCAUGUCAACAAUCUCUCACCUGGUGCAGAAAACACACAAACCCUGGUCUAGCAACAAUAUUUCUUCAACUCGGUGAGAACACACACACCUGGUCAUAGUCAACAAUAUCUCUCAACUGGUGAGAACACACACACCUGGUCAUAGUAAAAUAUCUCUCACUGGGAGAACACACACAACUGAGUCAUAGUCACAAUACUCUCAAAUGGUGGAAACACACACCUGGUCAUAGUCAACAAUAUCUCUCAACUGGUGAGAACACACACACCUGGUCAUAGUCAACAAUAUCUCUCAACUGGUGAGAACACACACACCUGGUCAUAGUCAACAAUAUCUCUCAACUGGUGAGAACCACACAACAUGGCAUAGUCAAAAUAUUCUUCACUGCGUGAGAAACCACACACCUGGUCAUAGUCAACAAUAUCUCUCACUGGUGAGAACACCACACACAUGGUAAUUAGUCAUUACCUAUCUCUCAAUGGGAGAAACACAAACUGGUCAUAGUCAACAAUAUCUCUCAACUGGUGAGAACACACACACCUGGUCAUAGUCAACAAUAUCUCUCAAACAGUGAGAACACACACACCUGGUCAUAGUCAACAAUAUCUCUCAACUGGUGAGAACACACACACCUGGUCAUAGUCAACAAUAUCUCUCAACUGGUGAGAACACACACACCUGGUCAUAGUCAACAAUAUCUCUCAACAGGUGAAGAAACAACACACACUGUCAUAGUCACAAUAUCCUCUCAAAAUGGUGAGCAACACACACAUGGUCAUAGUCAAACAAAUAUCUCUGCAACUGGUAGAGAACACACACACUGGUCAUAGUCAACAAUAUCUCUCAAAACGGGAGACACACACACUGGUUCAUAGCAACUAUCUCUAACUGUGAGAACACAACACCUGGUUCUAGUCAACAAUAUAUCUCCAAGGUGAGAACACCACACACCUGGUCAAGUCAACAAUAUCCUCGCAAAUGGGGAGAACACACACACCUGGACUUUACACUAUGCAGUAAAAAAUCCAAUGUUUUACCUGCACUCAAAUUCAGUAGAUCUUCAGUAGAUCUUCAGUAGAUCUUCAGUAAUCUGGCUGAAUAUAUAGCGGACUGAAAUACACCUCAUGCAUUUAAAAGCUUUGGAAUGUAGCCCUUAACUUUAUAGUCCUCAAAGGGCAAUUGGAGUUACUACACCAAAUUAACAAGAAUGACAGACCAUGCCUCAGUUAAGGGGUGUAUAACCUGUUCCGUGCGCAACUGGCUCGAGGUCUCUAUCUCGAGGAGCGAGAAACGAGCAAAAGAGGCGGGAGCAGAGCGAGAGGAGCGAUCGCUCUUCUCUCUCUGUCUCUCGCCUCCCUCUCGCUCCUAUCCGCUGCUCCUCUCCCUCUCCCUCUCCCUCUCUCCCUCUCUCUCCAGUUUGCCAUGUAUUGCCUGGUGCUCCUGUAUAAGGCCUUGAAGGAGGAACUGAGUCAGAUUAGACCUGUUGGGAAGUUCCUUGUGUUAAAAGGGGUCGUCUUUGUCUCCUUCUGGUAAGAGAGGGAUGGAGGGAGGAAUGCGUUUUUUGACAGUGUGUUUAGUGUAUGCCUGGUACCACAACAAAGGAGGAUACAAUGCUCGCUCUCCCUUUUCCUCCACGCUCCCGACCGCGAGGCAUCGCCGCGCCCGGGGACCGCACACGUCAGACCAAACUCCAGCGCCGCGCCCGCCGCGGGCCAGGCGCGCCACGCGCCCCGCCCGCGGGCCAGCGCGCGCCAGCGAGGCCGCCGCGGGCCGGCGCGCCCCGACGCGCGCGCGCCCGCCGCGGGCCAGCGCACGACGCCGCGCGCCCGCCGCGGGCCAGCCCCCACGCGCGCCCAGCCCGCGGGCCAGCGCGCCACGCAGCCGGCCUGCCAGCAGGCGGCCAGCGGGCCGCACGCGCGCAGCGCAAGCCGCGGGCCAGCGCGCCAGCGCGCGCUCCGCCGCGGGCACACGCCACGCGGCCCCGCCCGCGGCCAGCGGCGCACGCGCGGCCCCGCCGCGGGCCAGCGCUCGCACCGCGGCCCCGCGCCAUCGCAGGCCAGCGGCCACGCGGCCCGAGCGGCGCCGCCGGGGCCAGCGGGCCACGCGCGGAACCGCCGCGCGGGCCAGCGCGCCAGGCGCGCCGCCCGCGGGCCAUCGCGCCACCGCACCACGCGCCAGCGCGCCCGCGCCCCGCCCGCGCGCAGCGCGCGCGCCCUGCGGGACGCCAACGACAGCGCGCCGCCGACCGUGUCCAACGCCCACCGGCCCUCCGGUCCGCCGGGCCACGCACGCGCGACCCCCGGGCGCCUCGCGCCACGCGCGCCACCGGGAGCACGCGCGGCCGCCAAGCCGCAUCGCGGCCACGCCGCGGGCCGCGCCCCGCCGGGGCUCAGAGCGCUCCCACGCCAGUCUGCCAUCCACGCGACUCGUCACCCAGCCCGAUCCAGCGGACUCGAGCCCUCCACUUCAUUCCACUCAUCUCUGCCACCGUCCUCUGUCCUCCCUCUUUCCACCUCUCUCCACUCUCUCCCCUCCUCUUUCCAUCUCUCUCCACUCUCUACCCCUCCCUCUUUCCAUCUCUCUCCACUUCUCUCUCUUGCCUCCUUCUCUCCCAUCCCUCCAUCUCUCCAGGCAGGCAGUGUUGAUAGCUAUACUGGUGAAGGUCGGAGUGAUCUCUGAUAAACACACCUGGGACUGGGACAGUGUUGAGGCUGUAGCCACGGGACUACAGGUACACACACACACACUGGACUACAGGUACACACACACCACUGGACAACAAGUACACACACACACUAUCCCCCCCCCCCCACCCCAACUAGAUGUUUCUAGCAGCCAUAGCCCAUCACUACAGCUUUAUGUAUAAACCUACCUCUCUCACCCUCUCUUUCUUCCUCUUCCUCACUACUCCAGGACUUUAUCAUCUGUGUAGAGAUGUUUCUAGCAGCUAUAGCCCACCACUACUCCUUCACCUAUAAACCCACCUCUCUCACCCUCUCCCCUCACUACUCCAGGACUCUUUAUCAUCUGUGUAGAGAUGUUUCUAGCAGCUAUAGCCCACAACUACUCCUUCACCUAUAAACCCACCUCUCUCACCCUCUCUCACCCUCUCCCUCACUACUCCAGGACUUUAUCAUCUGUGUAGAGAUGUUUCUAGCAGCUAUAGCCCACCACUACUCCUUCACCUAUAAACCCACCUCUCUCACCCUCUCUACCCUCUCCCUCACUACUCCAGGACUUUAUCAUCUGUGUAGAGAUGUUUCUAGCAGCUAUAGCCCACCACUACUCCUUCCACCUAUAAACCCACCUCUCUCACCCUCUCUCACCCUCUCCCUCACUACUCCAGGACUUUAUCAUCUGUGUAGAGAUGUUUCUAGCAGCUAUACCCCACCACUACUUCCUUCAACCUAUAAACCCACCUCUCUCACCUCUCCCUCACUACUCCCCAGGACUUUAUCAUCUGUGUAGAGAUGUUUCUAGCAAGCUAUAGCCCACCACUACUCCUUCACCUAUAAACCCACCUCUCUCACCCUCUCUCACCCUCUCCCUCACUACUCCAGGACUUUAUCAUCUGUGUAGAGAUGUUUCUAGCAGCUAUAGCCCACCACUACUCCUUCACCUAUAAACCCACCUCUCUCACCCUCUCCCUCACUACUCCAGGACUUUAUCAUCUGUGUAGAGAUGUUUCUAGCAGCUAUAGCCCACCACUACUCCUUCACCUAUAAACCCACCUCUCUCACCCUCUCUCACCCUCUCCCUCACUACUCCAGGACUUUAUCAUCUGUGUAGAGAUGUUUCUAGCAGCUAUAGCCCACCACUACUCCUUCACCUAUAAACCCACCUCUCUCACCCUCUCUCACCCUCUCCCUCACUACUCCAGGACUUUAUCAUCUGUGUAGAGAUGUUUCUAGCAGCGAUAGCCCACCACUACUCCUUCACCUAUAAACCCUACAUACUGGAGGCAGAGGAGGGAAGCUGUUUUGACUCGUUCAUGGCGAUGUGGGACGUGUCUGACAUCAGAGCAGACAUCUCAGAGCAGGUCCAACACGUAGGUGAGUAGGCCGGGGUCACAGGAUGGCCGGGGUCACAGGAUGGCCGGGGUCACAGGAUGGCCGGGGUCACAGGAUGGCCGGGGUCACAGGAUGGCCGGGGUCACAGGAUGGCCGGGGUCACAGGAUGGCCGGGUGGUCACAGGAUGGCCGGGGUCACAGGAUGGCCGGGGUCACAGGAUGGCCGGGGUCACAGGAUGGCCGGGGUCACAGGAUGCUUAACUAUGUUCAACAUUAGCUCAAUGUUACCCAAUAGCAAUGGAUUGAUGCUAACUAAACAUUAGCUCAAUGUUACCCAAUAGCAAUGGAUUGAUGCUAACAAAACAUUAGCUCAAUGUUACCCAAUAGCAAUGGAUUGAUGCUAACAAAACAUUAGCUCAAUGUUACCCAAUAGCAAUGGAUUGAUGCUAACAAAACAUUAGCUCAAUGUUACCCCAAUAGCAAUGGAUUGAUGCUAACAAAACAUUAGCUCAAUGUUACCCAAUAGCAAUGGAUUGAUGCUAACAAAACAUUAGCUCAAUGUUACCCAAUAGCAAUGGAUUGAUGCUAACAAAACAUUAGCUCAAUGUUACCCGAUAGCAAUGGAUUGAUGCUAACAAAACAUUAGCUCAAUGUUACCCAAUAGCAAUGGAUUGAUGCUAACAAAACAUUAGCUCAAUGUUACCCAAUAGCAAUGGAUUGAUGCUAACAAAACAUUAGCUCAAUGUUACCCAAUAGCAAUGGAUUGAUGCUAACAAAACAUUAGCUCAAUGUUACCCAAUAGCAAUGGAUUGAUGCUAACUAAACAUUAGCUCAAUGUUACCCAAUAGCAAUGGAUAGAUGCUAACUAAACAUUAGCUCAAUGUUACCCAAUAGCAAUGGAUUGAUGCUAACUAAACAUUAGCUCAAUGUUACCCAAUAGCAAUGGAUUGAUGCUAUCUAAACGUUAGCUCAAUGUUACUCCAAUGUCAAAUUAAUGUUGCUGUUUAGGUUGAUCUGUACCUCAACAGUUCCUGUUUAGGUUGAUCUGUACCUCAACAGUUCCUGUCUAGGUUGAUCUGUACCUCAACAGUUCCUGUCUAGGUUGAUCUGUACCUCAACAGUUCCUGUCUAGGGUUGAUCUGUACCUCAACAGUUCCUGUCUAGGUUGAUCUGUACCUCAACAGUUCCUGUCUAGGUUGAUCUGUACCUCAACAGUUCCUGUCUAGGUUGAUCUGUACCUCAACAGUUCCUGUCUAGGUUGAUCUGUACCUCAACAGUUCCUGUCUAGGUUGAUCUGUACCUCACAGUUCCUGUCUAGGUUGAUCUGUACCUCAACAGUUCCUGUCUAGGUUGAUCUGUACCUCAACAGUUCCUGUCUAGGUUGAUCUGUACUCAACAGUUCCUGUCUAGGUUGAUCUGUACCUCAAACAGUUCCUGUCUAGGUUGAUCUGUACCUCAACAGCUCCUGUCUAGGUUGAUCUGUACCUCAACAGUUCCUGUCUAGGUUGAUCUGUACCUCAACAGUUCCUGUCUAGGUUGAUAUGUACCUCAACAGUUCCUGUCUAGGUUGAUCUGUACCUCAACAGCACCUGUCUAGGUUGAUCUGUACCUCAACAGCUCCUGUCUAGGUUGAUCUGUACCUCAACAGUUCCUGUUUAGGUUGAUCUGUACCUCAACAGUUCCUGUCUAGGUUGAUCUGUACCUCAACAGUUCCUGUCUAGGUUGAUCUGUACCUCAACAGCUCCUGUCUAGGUUGAUCUGUACCUCAACAGUUCCUGUCUAGGUUGAUCUGUACCUCAACAGUUCCUGUCUAGGUUGAUCUGUACCUCAACAGUUCCUGUCUAGGUUGAUCUGUACCUCAACAGCUCCUGUCUAGGUUGAUCUGUACCUCAACAGCACCUGUCUAGGUUGAUCUGUACCUCAACAGCUCCUGUCUAGGUUGAUCUGUACCUCAACAGUUCCGUUAGGUUGAUCUGUACCUCAACAGUUCCUGUCUAGGUUGAUCUGUACCUCAACAGUUCUGUCUAGGUUGAUCUGACCUCAACAGUUCCUGUCUAGGUGAUCUGUACCUCAACAGUUCCUGUCUAGGUUGAUCUGUACCUCAACAGUUCCUGUCUAGGUUGAUCUGUACCUCAACAGUUCCUGUCUAGGUUGAUCUGUACCUCAACAGUUCCUGUCUAGGUUGAUCUGUACCUCAACAGUUCCUGUCUAGGUUGAUCUGUACCUCAACAGCACCUGUCUAGGUUGAUCUGUGUGUACUCUCUUUGUAUGUGUACUCUGUGUAAGUGUGUGUGUCUGCGUGUUCUCUGUGUCUGCGUGUUCUCUGUGUGUGUGGUCUGACCUGUGUGUGUUGUGUGUAGCUACCCCUAACCUGGUCCUGUCCCUGCGUAGUAACACCGCCCCCUCCCCCCCCUCAGGUCGGACGGUCCUGGGCAGACCCAAUAAGAUGUACUUUGGCUCCACUGGCCGUCCUGAACACACUGAACACACAGGUCUGUCUGGCCGUCCUAAACACACUGAACACACAGGUCUGUCUGGCCGUCCUGAACACACAGGUCUGUCUGGCCGUCCUGAACACGCUGAACACACAGGUCUGUCUGGCCGUCCUGAACACACUGAACACACAGGUCUGUCUGGCCGUCCUAAACACACUGAACACACAGGUCUGUCUGGCCGUCCUGAACACACAGGUCUGUCUGGCCGUCCUGAACACACUGAACACACAGGUCUGUCUGGCCGUCCUGAACACACUGAACACACAGGUCUGUAUGGCCGUCCUGAACACACAGGUCUGUCUGGCCGUCCUGAACACACAGGUCUGUCUGGCCGUCCUGAACACACAGGUCUGUCUGGCCGUCCUGAACACACUGAACACACAGGUCUGUCUGGCCGUCCUGAACACACUGAACACACAGGUCUGUCUGGCCGUCCUGAACACACAGAUCUCUCUGGCCAUCAUUAACACACUGAACACACAGGUCUCUCUGGCCAUCAUUAACACACUGAACACACAGAUCUCUCUGGCCAUCAUUAACACACUGAACACACAGAUCUCUCUGGCCGUCCUUAACACACUGAACACACAGGUCUCUCUGGCCGUCCUGAACACACUGAACACACUGGUCAUACAGUUAUGGAUUUGAUAUUUCUGAUCUGUUAUAUUUUGAUUAUUAGUCAGUUUCUUUAUUUUAUUUUGGAUAAUUUUAUGCACUUUGAGAUAAUCUUGUAAUGAAAAGUUAUUUACAAAUGUAAUACAUUAUUAUUAUUAUUAUUAUUUAUUUAUUUUAUUUGAAUGUUUGAAACAUUUUAUGCACAUUCAGAUUAUCUUGUAAUUUUAUUAUUAUUAUUAUUAUUAUUAUUAGGUCUCCUGUUGGCCGCGUCCCAGGGGGGGUCAGAGCAAGACAUCAUCGUCACGGAAACCGUCUCUGUCCCCACCUCCCCUCUGUCGGGUCACUACCAGGGGCUAGGCCACACCCACACGUCACGAAGCCACACAACAAAGCCACACUCUUACUCCGCCCCCGCCGGGUUCACUUCUUCUGAUUGGGACGAGGACAGCGAGGAGAAACAAUCGGAGACUGGUGCAGAGGCUUCGCCCACUGCCGACAUCAGUGGCGCCCUCGUUGAAAUCACUGGUCUCACUUCUGCUUACAUCACUGCGAGUGGUGACUUCAUUAGUGACAUCUCUGAUGGUGACCUGAUUGGCGACGCCCCAGUGACAUCAGUGACUGACGUCCCUCGUGACAUUGUUGGUGACAUUACUGGUGACAUCACUGGUCACGCCCUCAUUGACAUCAGUAGCGAAGUCCCCGGUGAAAUGAGUGGUGACUUUACUGGUGACAUCACUAGUAACAUUACUUUUAGCACGUAG